AUGCGGCCAUGCGGAACUUCAAACUUCGCAAAGGUUCUCGCCGUGCUCAUAGCGACAUUGGCCGUGAGGCAACUGCCGGGCCUCACCGCCUGGGUCUGUUGCAGGCCUGGCACUCGCUCACACUCGCAUGGUGAGAGAACGAGCAGGGUGAGGUGUGGUGCAGAGGAGUCGAACUCCUGGCUGCCUCAGUUUGAAAAUCCCUUGGCAGGCUCCAUGGCAGAUCCUGGCUACUGGAAACAGCAGUACUAUCUGGCAUCUGAGUUGAAGCAGUUUUUGCCGCCGAACCGCAAGACCAUCACGGCGAUGCAGCUGGCGCCAGAAGACAUUAAGUAUGUCGGCUACCUGGCUCCGGACAAGGAGAAGAGUCCCAACAAGCUGACGGAGUACGUCAUCCUGGGUCCAGUCAGUGACGUACUCAAGUACGAGUUCAAGAAUCAGUGCGAGGUGUAUGCUGUGAAUCCGUCUUUCAGGCAGUGGCAGAAGGACGUCGACAAAGUGAUUCCUCGCAAGGACGUUCACAUUGCCGUCGUGGCAGCUGGUACUGCUAAGCGCCUUGGGAAGAAGAUCCUGAUCCAGGGCCUCGCGCAAGUAUCUGCUGCGCUUACGGCUGAGGGCCGUGCUUUGCUGGUGUGUGAUGCACAAGACGAGGAAGUCCUCGGCGGAAAGAUGGAGGAGCUGUUGGAGGCUCAGGAAUGGAAGGAUCUGGAGAAGACUGGUGACUUGCCUCCAGAUCCCGAAAAGACUGCAGCCCUGGAAGUCCUCCAACAGGGUCGGUUGAGGCUCAUGCGAGUGUUUCGCGACGAGUGCGGGCUGGCUGUUGGCCUCUGCGUGGAAGAGAAGAAGCCCGCCCAAGCGCGAAAAAAGCGCGCCAGACCUGUCAGAGGCGGCCCGCGAGAGCGCGCUGUAGCCAGGUCAAGUCGAUCCGGCAGGCGUUCAUGA